UAUCUAUCUAUCUAUCUCAGUAUAGAUUUCCUCUGAGCAGAACAUUCUGGGGACUGGAGAAGGGUAGAUGUGAUGUUGGUCUGUUAGUUAUAAAUCAGCAGCCUGUCUGGUUAAUGAGUGACAGGGAAUCCAGUCGAAGGGUCACUUUUCACUUCCCACCACCAUCGCAGACACGACGCACCCAGCGCCCUGAUGUCCGACUGUCCCCCAUCUUUCUCCUGUCUGGGCUGACUGCAGACCCCCCCCCCACCCCGGGUGGAAUGGUCGCCGCAGACCCCCGGCCUCCUCGGCUGAGAUUUGAGAUGGAGCAAGCAGCAGAGAUCCAGUAAGGUAGGGUGUCCAGACUUCUCAUUACAUUCCUGGGAUGGUACAUGACCGGUCCUCAGACAUGGUACAGAAAGACGUGAGUAAAGGUUGUCACUGGACCCCGCUGAGGAUUCUGGGAAUGACGGUCUGCGUUUUCAUCUCAUUGGCUGGAAUCGGAGUCACCAUUUGGGCAGUAGUGACGUACGUUCUAAAGAACGAGACCACCAACAUCUACAUAGUCCAGGUGAAUUCUCCAGAUCACCGGCUCACCGUCUACGAUGAGAAGGAAAAGGCGUGGCGUCUGGUGUGCUCCUCCCCCGCCAAUGGGGCAGCGGCCACGCUGAGCUGCGAAGAGAUGGGAUUUAUUAGGUCUAUGAGUUAUCAGGAGCUUCGGGUGGAGACAUCGGGAGCCAAUGGCACGUCAGGAUAUUUCUGUGUCCGGGAACCUCAGCUGACCGGAGCCAAAAGACUUCUAGAAGUUCUCUCAGUUUGCGAUUGUCCGAGUGCGAGGUUCCUCUCCGUCCAGUGCCAAGACUGCGGUCGCAGGAAGAUGGCGGUGGACAGAAUUGUGGGCGGACAGAACGCCGCUCUGGGUCGCUGGCCGUGGCAGGUCAGCUUACGUUACGAUGGAGCCCAUUUGUGCGGCGGCUCCUUGAUCUCCAGUGAGUGGGUCCUGACGGCCGCGCAUUGUUUCCCUGAGAGGAACCGCGUAGUGAGUCUGUGGCGGGUGUUCGCCGGGGGCGUGUCACAGAGCUCCUCCCAGGGGUACCAACUGGGAGUGAAGGGCGUUGUGUACCACGCUGGCUACUUACCUUUCUUCUACCCGGACAGUGAAGAGAACAGCAAUGACAUAGCGCUGGUGCACCUCCUGACCCCCUUCACUCUCACAGAAUACGUGCAGCCGGUUUGCCUUCCGGCCCUGGGCCAGCAGAUCACAGACGGGAAGAUUUGUACCGUCACCGGAUGGGGCAACACCCAGUACUAUGGCCAACAGUCAGAAAUCCUGCAGGAGGCAUCGGUGCCGAUCAUCAGCGGAUCGGUGUGCAACCAGCCGGAAUACUACGACAACCAGAUCACCGGGAAGAUGUUCUGCGCGGGAUACGCAGAAGGCGGGAUUGACGCUUGCCAGGGUGACAGCGGCGGCCCCUUCGUGUGUGAGGACACCAUCUCCCGCACCUCAAGAUGGCGGCUGUGCGGCAUUGUCAGCUGGGGAAUAGGCUGCGCUCUUCCAAACAAGCCCGGGGUGUACGCUAAAGUGGAUCAGUACCAGAGCUGGAUUUACAGAGCCAUGAAGACCAAAGGAGACGCCACGGGGAUCACGGAGAUGCAAUGAUGAAGGACACCCGCCAACAAUGGAAUGGCUGGAUCUCUGCCGGACCCGACCCGCGGUAGCGGCAGCGACUGGCGGAUCUCGCGUCUUUGUUGUUGCCACGUUUAUAAUCGCCAUUAUAUAAGGAUUUAAAAGAAAUACGCUGCUACAAUGUUAUUAUUCUGGUCAUGAGCCACUCAGGAGUCUGACAACCCCGACGAUCCGGGGACAACCGACCCGAGGAGUGGAAGGAAAACUCCCCCCUUCCCUCCAAAUCCUCCAAUCCACUGCUGUAUUCAUUCUGGUAAUCCGGGAAGAUAUUUCGCCUUCUCCUUUCCUCUUUCGCCUUUCCAGGAUUGAACUGUGUACCGCAUCUCACCGGUGACUUUGAAGAGCGCGCAUGCCCAGUGACUGAAAAAAGCCACAUUGCAGGGCCGGGACAAAGGGGGGGAGGGGCAGGAGGGGAAGCUGCCCCGGGGCGCACGCAGACGAGCAAGGGAGAAAAUAACAGAUGCAGGGUGGUACAGUGGUGGGGGGUGCAAUUCUGGAUCCUUGCCCUGAGCACUGCUACUGCCACUUUGUACACGGAAAAUAGCGGGAGAAGGGUCGGUUGUCGGCUUCCACAUCGGACCGGGGAAGAAACACUGAGCGGGCGCGUCUACUGAUAUGUGAAUUUUAAAUAUCUCGCCGAAAGGGACAAUAAAAUCUACUCUGAAACAAAA